GAGAAGGAGCUUGUAAAGUAUAUAGAGGAGCUCACUACUCGUCAUAUACCUCCUACAAGAGAGAUAAUCGCCAAUUUCGCGUUAGCAGUUACCCAGGAGCCAGUAAGCAAGAGCUAGGUUACGCGCUUUAUCGACAAAUACUCUAUCUAACUUAUCUCUUAAUACUCAACAGGUAUAGAUGCUAAUUGCUAUAACGCCAAUUCCUAUAGCAAGUAUAAGCUGUACUUUAACUUACUAUAGCGUAAAAUUGCUAAGUAUAAGGUUAAUGCUGCGCAUAUAUAUAAUAUAGAUAAGAAGGGCUUUAUAAUUAGAGUUACCUUAAGAAUAAAGCAUAUAUUUAGCAGGUGUAUAUAGGAGAAGAAGGAGGUCAAGGCAUCACUUUAAGAUGGUAAUUGUGCCUGGGUAGCGCUUAUAGCGUGUAUGUGCGGCAAUGGAUUAGCUCUACCCCCUAGCCUCCUCUACGAGUCUGCUAACAGCACUAUCUAAUCACGCUGGGUAGAGGAAAUUAAGCCAAAGGUACACUCUGUACUUGUUUCCUUAUUGCCUAUAGGCUGGACUAACAAUAAGCUAGGCCUUGCUUGGCUUAAAUAGGUCUUUAAUUGCUUCUCUAA